UUAAAAUCCUUUCCCCCUUAAAACCAGUCCCAGUUCGGAAGUUCCUAUUUCAUAGGAUUUGCCACAAGAACUUUUCAAUUUUUGGAGAAAAAAAGAAGAAAUGGCCGUGAAUGAAGUUGGUUCCUCGCUGGAUUCUCUGAUAUCUUCUUUUAACUCUCGAAUUGUUGAUCUUCAAGAACUCGUUAUUGGUCGAAAUAUGUACGCAGCGAGCAGCAUCACUGAUUUGUCGGCGGUGGACGCUGCAUUGAAGGCGAUGGAGCUGCAGAUACAAGCUAUCAAGGACCGCUUGCGUGAAGAGACUGAGGCUAUUCCAAAAGCUAAGAAACUCAUUGCUGCAUCGCUGCAGCAGCAGAAGAAAUUGCAGAAUAUGUCUAUUCAUGUUCCCUUACAUUUGCCAGAAAGAAUGACCUUAUUGAAUAUGGAUACAAAUCGAAGUGCACAGCCUGAAGUCCCUAAUCAACAACUUGGAUUUGGUUCUUUGAAAAGCGAAGAGGAGUCUGCAGCAUUAUCCAAGGAGAAAAAGGGUCGAGCAUCUCCACCAUUGUGGUAUAUAAAUGUUGAAGAGCUGGAUUCUCUGUCUUCAUACAUGAGAGGAAGGCUCACGCUGGAUAAGGUUAAUGCUGCUAUUAAUGACAUGGCAGCAUAUGCUGAAGCAAAUGCUCAGCUCAUUAGAGCCCCAAAGAAGAAGCUGGCAGAAAAUCAUUGGGAAAAGGCCUUGGAACUAAGAGAUAUUGCAAUGACAGAAACAAUAAAGGGAAAACACUUUUUUCUUGAAAGUGACAUAAAAGGGCCAACAUUGAAGCUUGACAACACAGGAAAAGCUAUACUGACUGUGCUUCGUCAUCUUGGUCGCAUCAGUGAGACUCGUACUGGGCAUCAUCGAGUGAUCAUUCUUUUGAAGCCACAAUAAAUCUUAAUUUCAAGGAGAGCAAGUGAAUGGCAAUAGCCUAUCUGCAUAAGAGGGGUAUCUGUUAUAUAUCUUGUUUAAUAGUCCAAAAUCUUAUUUUAGUCUUGUAACGGAUGAAUUUCCUGUGGAUUGACUGCGGACAAUUUAUCUAAACUAGUGAAAUUAAAUGAAGACUAUAGACUGCAUUUUCUAAUAAA